GACAUCGCGAUGUACAGCGUUGUUAUUUUGGCGCGGGGUUUUUGAUACUGUUGUCCGUGAGCGAUUUACAAAUGGAGUUACUGGAAAAUUUAACUUUAUUAAAAAUCAACGAGCUAUCUAACGUUUGGGUGGAUACUAUAUGGGAGCUGGACUUUACUGAGACCGAGCCAUUGGAUCCCCUUUUAGAAGCACAGAUCACAGAAAGUGGCCUAGAUGUUUUUAGAAACAUCUAUAAUGGAUUGCUGCCUUUUUCAACAGACAACACUCCCAACACUGAAAGCAUCUGGACCCAGUUUACUAAAAAUAAUAUCCAGUCCAAUGCCCUAGUGGCCUUGUUAUACCACUUUGUUCAGCUGGUUCAGAAGUCAUCUUGCAGCGUUGAACAGCGGCAAUAUGCUAUGAAUGCAGCUGGUCUUUAUUUUUUGCUUCUUGAAGUUCCAGGCAGUGUUGCCAACCGGAUAUUUCACCCAGUGAUGUUUGAUAAAUGUUUGGACACUUUGAAAAAGAGCUGGCCCCAAGAAAAUGUCAGCAGAGGAAAGCGUAAAAAAGACACUGUAAAAAGUUCCCAAAACAAAACUAAAGGUAGGAAGCGGACCAAACCACGACAAGAGGAGAUGGAGAUUGAAGAAGAAUCUGAAGAUGAAGAUCAGCAGGGGAACAUGUGCUUUUCCCCAAAUGAUCUGCUUAAAAUCCGGGAGGAAAUUUUUUUAUUACUCAAAACUUUGCUGCGGCUUCUGUCCAAGUUAUCAUUGAAAGAUAAACCUCAGUGUAUUCAGCACUGUCUUCAGAUCUUAAUUGAAGUAACACAUUAUGAACCCGUCAUCAGCCAGUUGGCUUUUUUUGCUGAUCCGGAUGUCAACAAGAUGAAAACCCUUCCUGAACUAUGCUAUCAUGGCCUCAGAGUUUUAUGUUCUUCUAUGCAUGGGGAAGGAGAUCGGACUGUGCGUCGUGUCUUCCAUCAAAUGCUUUAUGUGAUUUUAAUGAUGAGUGGAGGUGAUGGAGGAAGUCCUUCCUUGCUGUCCAUUACUCAGAAUGUUGUCAGUGCCAGGGAGCAAGCAGUAAAAUUUGUAAGUCACAUGGCAAAAGAAAUGAAAGAAAACAUUAUACCAGUGAUGCGUAUCCUUCUCCAGCAUAUCUGUACUAAGGUGACAGACAAAGCGGAGUAUCGUACUUAUGCAGCCCAAGCUUUAGCAAAACUUCUGUGUGAGCUGCCCUCUGCAAAUUAUGCUUCCUUCAUCGAGUGGCUAUACAACUUCUCUCACAACACAAAGAGCCAGUACAGGGUUUUUGCACUUGAUGCUUCAAUGGCUUUAUUGGAGAACCCUGAAUUGGAAAUGAACGAAACAGUAGACCCAGAACAUGCCAGAUUUUUAAAACACAAAUUCCUGAUUGAAGAAAUAAUCUUUAGGCGUUGUUCGGAUAAAGCACCAGUUGUUCGCAGCAGAGCACUGACCUGCUUUGCACAAUGUCUAGAACACAUAGCUUCAAUGUCAGUGGAUGGUUUUCAGGAUGUGUUCCAAAAGUCCUCUGCAAAGUCAAUGACCGAUGGAGCAUUCUCUACAAUAUUUCCUGAACAUUCAGAAGCUAGUUCCACUGCAGCACGCCAACAGCAAAAAAGUAUGGGAGUGUUUAAGUCAGUUGAGCUUACAAAGAGAACAGAAGCACAUAUUUUUGAUGCAAUGGAGGUUAUGGACAUAUUAAAGGUUCGAGCAACAGAUGAAAAAGUUAAUGUGAGAAAAUCAGCCUUGCAGGUGCUUACUAAUAUUUUGAAGUUUGGUAUUGCAUCAUGUUGCCCUGAGGACCUUUCCAUAUUACAGGAUCGAUGCAGAGAUCCUGCAGUUUCGGUCAGAAAACAAGCUUUACUUUGCCUCACUGACCUGCUUUUGACUCAUUCAACCAACAGUGUAGUGCAGAAAGCGUGGCUUUCUGGUGUGGUCCCUGUGGUGCUUGACAGUGAAACCUCAGUUCAAGAAAAAGCAUUGGAAUGUCUAGAGCAGUUAAUCUUGCAGCACAUCAGAAACUACAGCAUACAGUUUGAGAAUGACCCCCAUCAAAAACUAGCCUGGGAUCUUUUGUCACUUCUUAGUGGUGAAAACCAAGACCUGUGUCGCUACCUCAGUAAAGCCUUUGCCAUUUGGUCCAAGAAAGAGAGAUUUUCAUCGUCCUUCAUCAAUAGUCUCAUCUCUCACACGGAGACAGAUCACUCAAGUGCUGCUUGGAUGCUGUUAGCCAAAGUGGCAGGUUCAGCUCCUAAGCUUAAUUAUGGCAAACUGCUAGAAGCCUGGGAUGAUAUUGUGAGUGAAAAAGAAGUGCUUUCUAGUACGACUUGCCAUAUUUUGUGUGUUAUUGGGCACAUUGCUAAACAUCUCAACGAUGACACCAAAAGUCGUCUAAUUGAUGAUAUAAAGAAGUGCAUCCUGUCUUUCCGUGCUCCUCUAGUAGUGAUCAGUGCUGCUGUGGAUUCCCUACAUAAAUUGGGAAAGAGUGAGUCCUCGGAAGAGACCCAGACCUUUCUGAAUGAGCAUUGUGGUGAGAUCCUCUCGGUUUGCAGUUCUUAUCUUUCAAGUAUCAUUCUUUGCGAGGAUGGUGUGGAGCACAUUGACGAAGACUUAGUGGUUACCCACUUGUUCACUUUGGGAGAAGCUGCACUGCUGUGUCCUGCAAAAGUAGACAAGCGUAUUUUCCUCCUAGUGCAAUCAAUCCUGGCAUCUAAUGUCAAUCUGGAUGCUGAUGCCUCCGUGGAUACAGAGGAGGGUAUACCAGCCUCACAGCCACUUUCUCAAUUCAAGACUUCUUCUAUGCCCACUACAGUGAGGGCACAUGCUUUCAUCACAUUGGGUAAGCUCUGUUUACAGCAUGAAGAACUUGCUAAGAAGUGCAUUCCGGCAUUGGCUCGUGAGCUGGAAGUGUGCGAGGAAAUCCCCAUCCGUAAUAACGUUAUCAUUGUGAUGUGUGACCUGUGUGUGCGUUACACUACUAUGGUUGACCGCUAUAUACCCAACGUUUCUGUGAAUCUGAAGGACAAUGAUCCUUUCAUCCGCAAGCAAACCCUCAUUAUGCUCACCAAUCUUCUUCAGGAAGAGUUUGUCAAGUGGAAAGGCUCAUUAUUCUUCCGGUUUGUCAGUGUGCUUGUUGACCCUGAUCCCAGCAUUGCCAGUCUUGGAGAGUUUUGCUUAGUCCACCUUCUGCUGAAGAGGAACCCCAUUAUGUUCUCACAGCACUUCAUUGAGUGCAUUUUCCAUUUCAAUAAUUAUGAAAAACAUGACAAGUACAAUAAAUUCAAGCAGACACAGAGAGAGAAGACCAUGUUUUCUUUGCAAGGAGCCAAAAACAAAGAGAGGCGCAUGAAGAUUUACAAGUUCCUGCUGGAGCACUUCACUGAUGAACAAAGGUUUAGCAUCACCUCCAAAAUCUGCCACAACGUCCUUGCUUGUUUUGUGGAUGGUCUUCUUCCACUGGACUCCGAAGGCGGUGACCUGCUGUCAGACACAUUUGAGGUUCUUGGCUCGAAAGAGAUUAAACUGUCUGUGAUGAGGUCCAAGCCAGGGGAAGACGGCCAAGGGGAUGACGAUGAGAUGGCAAUGGCUAAUGCUGUUAUGGAAGUAGCCCAGAAGAAGCUCAUUUCACACGUUCAGAAGAAGAAUUUCAUUGAGAAUGUUAUUCCCAUUAUUAUUGUGUUGAAAGGCAUGCUGGAGGAGAAACGGAUUCCAGCUCUACGAGACCUCAUGAGCUAUCUGCGGGAGAUGAUGCAGGAUUACCGAAAUGAGAUCCAAGACUUUUUCACAGCAGACAAGCAACUGGCAGCUGAGCUGGAGUAUGACAUGAAGAAGUACGAGGAGCAGCUGGAGAAGGAGAGACAGCAGGAAGAAGAAAACAUGGCUUCCGCACCAGAGCCAGACGCGGAUGCUACUGCUGGUACUGCAGCUGCCAUUCCCAAAACCCCUCUGCCUCCAGUUCAGGAUUCACCAGCUGUAUUGGUGCCCAGGGAUGUCUGCGUAACGCCAGACUCCAGGAGCUUGGUUCAGCAGCUUGAGAACAAAUCCCCACAUACCCUUCCCCGUGCCUUACCACAGCCACUGCGGGUCACGGCUCUGUUGUCUCGGGCCAGGCCAAAGUCACUGAGCACAGAUGCCAUCUUGAAUUCAGCUAGGAAGAUGACAGAAAGUAUUAAAAAACAAAGGAGCCAAAGCAUUGGUGCAGGUGGCCACAUUCCUUACAAAGAAAACCCAGAUGUAAAUGAAGCAGGAUCCCUGCAGGACCAGUCUGCAAGCAGCCAGUCAUCUGUUCACAUGAGGGCGAUCAGUACCCCAGAAUCAACAAUUAAUAAUGUGACGUUUGGAGUGGGAGUGAGUUACAUCUGUAGUUCAAAGUCAUUUUCAAAGUCGUCAGUACAUGGAGAUGGGCAAAGUUCAGAGAAAAGCAAAAAAGAAAUUCUCUGUCUGCAGUCACCCGACAAACCGUCCCCACGGCCACAGCAGUGGAACAUUGAAUCGCCAUUACCUCAAAGGCAGCUGACCAGAAGCACAAGAAAGAAAACUCCUUUAAGGCCAACAAACUGAAAUCCAAGUAUUUUUAGUUUUUCUUUUCUGUAUAUGCAAGCCUUUCAUGUUGUAUUGAAUAUUCUGUCUAAAUAAUCACAGCUGGCAAGCCUUUAAAGCACCUUACAGUUUUUUUGGAAACCUGGCCAACCUCUCUUCGCACACCUGCCAUUCUGCAUGUUAGUAAGCCUGUUUGUAAAUUAUUUUGACUAUAACUACUUUCUCAGAAUAAUAAUAAUAAAAACAUUACAAGUGAAAAUUUUUCUUUUUUAUUCACAAACAUAGAAAUUUCUUUUUGAAUUCACACUGUUUAUACAAGGGUUUCUUUUUGCAAAUAAUCCAAGAAUAAAAAGAAAUCUGAAA